AUGGGCAGCCCUCGCUCCGCGCUGAGCUGCCUGCUGUUGCACUUGCUGGUUCUCAGCCUCCAAGCCCAGGUAAGGGGCGCUGCGCAGAGCCGGGGGCCGGGCGGGCCGGGUCGGGUCGGGGGGCUGGAGGACCGACUCUGCGCCCAGCGCAGCGGGGCUGCUCGGAACCUUAGCGACCCUGCCCCGAGCUGCCCCGGGGAGGGAGCGAAGGAACAGAGUGGUAGAGCGCUGCCUAAGGUCACACAGCGAGAAGGCCCGGGCGGGGGGCCUGCGCUGGGCAGGGAGCCCGCUUCCCUGCUCCGAGCUGGCCGGGAGCCCCAGGGUGUUUCCCAACAGCAUGUGAGGGAGCAGAGCCUGGUGACGGAUCAGCUAAGCCGCCGCCUCAUCCGGACCUACCAGCUCUACAGCCGCACCAGCGGGAAGCACGUGCAGGUCCUGGCCAACAAGCGCAUCAACGCCAUGGCAGAAGACGGGGACCCUUUCGCAAAGCUCAUAGUGGAGACUGAUACCUUUGGGAGCCGAGUUCGAGUUCGGGGAGCUGAGACUGGGCUCUACAUCUGCAUGAAUAAGAAAGGGAAGCUGAUUGCCAAGAGCAAUGGCAAAGGCAAGGAUUGCGUGUUCACGGAGAUCGUGCUGGAGAACAACUACACGGCGCUGCAGAAUGCCAAGUACGAGGGCUGGUACAUGGCCUUCACCCGCAAGGGUCGGCCCCGCAAAGGCUCCAAGACACGCCAGCACCAGCGCGAGGUCCACUUCAUGAAGCGGCUACCACGGGGCCAUCACACCACCGAGCAGAGCCUGCGCUUCGAGUUCCUCAACUACCCGCCCUUCACGCGCAGCCUGCGGGGCAGCCAGAGGACUUGGGCCCCGGAGCCCCGAUAG